GUAAAAGGAUGUAAAAGUUGCUUUAUAACCCCGAAUUUACAUCCCCAUUGUGGAUGCUCUAACUCCUCACUGUUAGCCCUUGUGUUUUCUGGUUUGAUUUUGAUCUAUUUUGUUUUUGGGUUGUCUUUGUAACUCAAAAGCCUCGAUCUUUGAGAUCUGAAAGUACAUAUAUGCAUGCUGGUGUAAUUUAUUUGGUUGAAUGUUUGAAAUUUCGGCUUUGAGGUUUACAAAAAAUGUAUUUCAGCUUUGAGGUUAACCAAGAAUAGAGCUUUCAUGGUUUUGGUGAUAUCUGGGGCUGAGAUUUGAUCUGCGCAUUGAAUUUACAAGCUCUGGCUCCAACCACACCAUCUUCAAUCUUAAUGAGAAGGUGUACUGGUUGAUUAUGGAUAAAGAGAGUCCACGGUCCGUCUCUUUUCGCACACACCGUAGAGGCGAACGGAGUAAUCUGACCUUACAUACUAAAGAUGUGGAAGCAGGACUUCCUCUGGGAAGGGUGUCGCAAGGUUCUCCCAUGAAGAUUGUUUGGAAGAAGGGCUUCAUUCGAUUGGUUCUUGUAGGUGGCAUCUUGUGGAUGCUACUAAUUCUUCUCGCAUCGUUGCUUCAUGUUUGGUCCUGCCAGUCUUCUAUCUCAUUCAUCUCAGCUAUGUGUAACAAAGAUAGCAAGGUAUUCUCCAUGUUAGGCUCUGUGGGGUUUGUACCAAAACAACAAUCACCACAUCGCUGUCCAAUUCCCCUUGACGAUAACCCUGAUAAGAUAGUUAUUCCAAAAGGAAGAACUCCUGAUGAAAUUGUCAAAAACUUAACCUAUGUUAUGGAGGAUGAAAUUUUGCCUGAUGGAACACAGUCAUCCCCACUAUUCGGAGGACAUCAAAAUUGGUCACAGAGAGAGGAGAGCUUUAGACUAACAUCAAACAUGAAGGUGCACUGUGGUUUUAUUCGAAAUGGUGGUGCUGAAAUGGCUCCUGCAGACAUCAAAUAUGCCAAGAAAUGUAGGUUUGUGGUUGCCUCGGGCAUUUUUGAUGGAUAUGAUGUACCCCAUCAACCUUCAAAUUUAAGUCCUCGUUCUAAGAAGCUCUUCUGUUUUCUCAUGGCGGUGGAUAAGACAUCUCUUAAAUUUAUUAAGGAAAAUGUCACGGUCACAGAAGAUAGUGAUGGGGGAAAAUGGGUUGGUAUCUGGCGUCUUGUUUUGUUGAAGCAUCCACCUUAUGAUGAGCCAAGAAGGAAUGGGAAGGUCCCCAAGAUAUUAACCCACCGUUUGUUCCCUAAGGCACAGUACAGCAUUUGGAUCGAUGGUAAAAUGGAGCUCAUAGUUGAUCCAUUGCUAAUUUUAGAAAGAUAUUUAUGGCGUGGGAAGCAUACAUUUGCAAUUUCUCAGCACAAGCAUCAUCGCAACAUUUAUGAGGAGGCUGAUUCAAACAAGCGGAGGAAGCGAUAUGCUCGACCUCUUAUUGAUCUACACAUGAAAAUUUAUCGUUAUGAGGGCUUGGAGCCAUGGAAUUCAACAAAGAAAACUAUUAGUGAUGUGCCAGAAGGAGCCAUUAUCAUACGGGAACAUACUGCGAUGAGUAAUUUGUUUAGCUGCUUGUGGUUCAAUGAGGUCAACCUCUUCACACCAAGAGACCAACUGAGUUUUGGUUACGUUGUGUACAGGUUAGGGGAUUUAUUUAGGUUCUUUAUGUUUCCAAAUUGCGAGUACAAUUCACUGUUUGUGUUGCAUCCGCACAUAAGGGAGCAUUCUUCUCGUAUAGAGUGGGUAACAAAUUGGAAUCAGCUUAAAGGGAACGGAGCCAUUUCGAAUAAGGGUAAAGAUUGGGACCAAGCUAAUGCGAACAAUGGCAAUUUGAUAGAGAGUCGGGGGGGCUUAGGCUUGUGGACUCCUUAUCCUGCAAAUCUUGAUUCAGUUGUCCUACCCCCUGUAGACAGAACAUCAAAAGCUGGCUGAGGUUCAGUUGAAACCAUUUUGGUCAUUCUUAUGAACUUUUUCGGAGGAUUUCUUGCUGGUUGCAUAUUUUUAUCUCAUCCCAAAAAAGGCUCGUACGGUAUAUAACAAAAGAGGAAGAAGAAGAAGAUGGAGAAGAAUAGAGGUGUUGGUCUUUUAUAUGUCCAAGACAUUAAGAGAUGAUUAACAAGGAAAUUGGCAGCCACGUUUUCAAUUUCACGAAGAUUGAAACUGGGAACAAAAUGUGUACUGACUUAGAUAAAUUCUUUUAGCAUCUGUUUCAGUUUCUAUGGGACAAAGAAAAAAGGAUUGAAAAACAGAUUGGAGGAACAUGUGCUUUUUAAUGAAUGUGAAAAAUGAAAAAUGCGAGAUCGAAAAAUGAA